CAGAAAUCCGCCAGAGAAGGGGGCUGAUGAACAAAACAAUGACAAAGCUAGGAAGGAUUUCAAUGCAAUAAUAUAUUUUAAAGACUCCCGAAACGGAUUGUGCUAUUUUUCUUCGUAUGCUUUCUUUUAUUGUUGACCGACCCGCUGUUAUCCUAGCAUUCGGCUAUGAUAUUAUUGACAACCGAGUUUACCAAAACUGUCUAUCUUGGAUAACACAGAGCUAGCUAGAUAGCCAGCUAACGUUAGCUGUUUCAGACAGGGGCGAUUGUGAUUUGUUGUGUAAACAUAAUCUUUGUCGAUUUUGUCCAUCGGAACUCGUUAUAGUUUGUGUCACAUUGACAUUGGAAUAACGUUAUUUUAAACUAGCUAACUACGUUUGUUGGCUAACUAUUGUUUAAAUGUCAAGCUACAGGCAGCUAACUUACUAGCUAGUUUUUUUAGGCAGCUGUCAGCUAGGUCAUUUUAUUUUCGAGUUAGGUAGCAAUUAGGAAACUAGCUAACAAGGGAAGUGAUUUAUUUUUUAUUCUAAACAGCUGGCUAGUUCUUCCAACUGUGGUUUGAAGUUGGUGCCAGUUUGCACAUAUUCACGUUAGUGUAGCUAGCUAUAUGUUUAAGGGAAGUUGUCUUGCCAAACACUUGUUUUAUUGCAUACAUUGAGUUUCCAGCUAUACUUUGCUGACCUUAUUGUAACGUAUCUAUUCUGGCAGCGUUUUACUGUUCAUGAAGCCAGUUAUAAAGGUAAUGUAUUUUAUUGUCAAGAGCAGGUUGACUUAAAAUAGCCAGAACAAACAUAUUCAACCAGAUUGCCUCACUGUACUAUAUUUGCAAUUUGUCACAUAUUGACAUUAUUUUUGUAAUAUAUGAAAUGCUGCAGUAAUUGUUUGCUAAUAAGCUGUACAUUUUUUUGUGGUGGAUCCUGAAUCUUUAGAGGUCAAUUGGCGCACAUGCAACCCUGUUAAGUCUACUUACAUAAAGUUGUCUAUGUUCAAGGUGUUGUGCAGGUGUAGCCUAUAAAGCAUACCAUAUUUAACACUAAAGUCAUGUGUGUUAUCACUAAAACUACUUGAUUGAUAUUUAUUCACUCUGCUUUUGGGACUAUUUGACGUUAUAGUCAAAUUACUCCAGCUAGCAUAAAACUGUGUUCAGAUUUGACUUGUGAGAAAAAAUGAGUGGCCAUGGUUCAUCAUCAGAAAAGGAAAUUAACACCAGUCUAAUUUGUCAAGAGAACUAUGCUUGUGGGGGCUCAGAAGAGGCUGCUUUUGAAUGUGACAAAUGUAGAAGCUUGCAGUGUGUUCGCUGUGAGAAGGAACUCCAUAGUCAAGAGUGCCUGCAGAACCAUGAACGGGUCGAGAUCGGCCCAGGGCAUGUACCCUACUGUGACAACUGCAAAGGAGGGAAGGAAGGGACAGUGAAUGGCUGCCGCCACAGGUCUGUUGUCCGCUGCCAGAACUGCAAAGUCAACUUGUGCCAACAGUGUCGGAGAAGCACCCAUAAUGGUGGUAACAAGAAGAAGCACCAACUCACCGCCUAUCCUCCUCCACCCAAAACUGCAGAGCUCAACUCAACCCCUCCACACAAAUCUACAGAGGACAACUCAAAUCCUCCACCAAAACCUGUACAUGUCAACUCAACCCCUCCACCCAAACCUGCAGAGAUCAACUCAACCCUUCCACCAAAACCUGUUGAGGUCAAAUUAACCCCUCCACCCAAACCUCCACAGGUUAAUUCAACCCCUCCACUCAAACCUGCAGAGAUCAACUUAAGCUCAGUGGUUGAUGAGGCAGAAGUCCAGAAGGCAAAACUUCUGGAGAAAGUCUGCAGUUUUCUUCUGGUUGAUGUGAAUGAGGAGAUGCAGGUGGGUAGUUAAGGGACUAAAAAAGGCCUUUUGAGUUUAUGCAUUCUGUCAGUUUUGUUUCCAAACUAAAUUGAGUUUUGUGAAAUGGAAUUACCUCUCAUCUGCCAACUCUACUCUUUUUUUUCUGCAGAUAAAGGACGAAGGUGCGUUUGUGAAGGAAUUGAACUGCAAGCCUGACAAGCUGAUCAAGGUGGUGUCAAUCUUUGGCAACACAGGAGAGGGUAAAUCCCACACUCUGAACCACACUUUCUUCAUGGGCAGGGAGGUGUUCAAGACCUCCCCCACACAGGAGUCCUGCACAGUGGGGGUGUGGGCGGCAUUCGAUCCCAUCCACAAGGUGGUGGUCAUCGACACAGAGGGCCUGCUGGGUAACAGCUCCAACCAGGGCCAAAGAACACGCCUCCUGCUCAAGGUGCUAGCUAUUUCCGACCUCAUAAUCUACCGUACCCACGCCGACCGCCUCCAUGACGACCUCUUCAAGUUUCUGUGCGACGCGUCGGACGCCUACCUGAAGCAUUUCACCAAGGAGCUGAAGGCCACUACGGCCCGCUGUGGCCUGGACGUGCCUCUGUCCACCCUGGGCCCGGCCGUCAUCAUCUUCCAUGAGACCGUCCACACCAAGCUGCUGGGCUCAGGUCAGUGCUGAGAAAUACUGUAGUCAACACUUACCAUAGUGUACUGUACACAAAUCGAAGAUUGUUACUUGCUGCACUCAUCAGUCUCAUUGUUAUUUCACCUUCCUUGACAGAGUGGAAACAUUAGGGAUACAGUAGAUUCAUGUAUAUGAGUGCUGCUAUAGAAGAUCAUAAAACAUGUAAUUUGGUGAUUACGGGUGCAGAAUCUCUACUCACCCCUCUCUCCCUUUGACACGCUAAGACUAGUAAUUGUCAUUCCAACAGAGCUGUUUUGAAACAGUGUGAGCAGGUAACUGGCCAGUCAAGCAGUUUGAGUAAUCUAGAGACCUUUUCCUUUUAAAGUAUGUGGCUGUUGAACUGUAAAAAAAAUAUUUUCUAUCCCUUAAAAUAUACUGAACAAAAAUAUAAACGCAACAAUUUCAAAGAUUUUACUGAGUUACAGUUCAUAUAAGGAAAUCAGUCAAUUGAAAUAAAUAAAUUAGGCCCUAAUCUAUGGAUUUCACAUGACUGGGAAUACAAAUAUGCAUCUGUUGGUCACAGAUACAGUACCUUAAAAAAAAAAAAGGUAGGGGCGUGGAUCAGAAAACCAGUUUGCCUCGAGCAGCGCUACACAUCACUUUUGCAUAGAGUUGAUCAGGCUGUUGAAUGUGGCCUGUGGAAUGUUGUCCCACUCCUCUUCAAUGGGUGUGUGAAUUUGCUGGAUAUUGGCGGGAACUGGAACACGCUGUUGUGCAUGUAGAUCCAGAGCAUCCCAAACAUGCUCAAUGGGUGACAUGUCUGGUGAGUAUGCAGGCCAUGGAAGAACUGGGACAUUUUCAGCUUCCAGGAAUUUUGUAUAGGUCCUUGCGACAUGGGGCAGUGCGUUAUCAUGCAACAUGAGGUGAUGGCGGCGGAUGAAUGGCACGACAAUGGGCCUCAGGAUCUCGUCACGGUAUCUCUGUGCAUUCAAAUUGCCAUCGUUAAAAUGCAUUUGUGUUCGUUGUCUGUAGCUUAUGUCUGCCCAUACCAUAACCCCACCACCACCAUGGGGCACUCUGUUCACAACGGUGACAUCAGCAAACAGCUCACCCACAUGACGCCAUACACGUGGUCUACAGUUGUGAAGCCGGUUGGAUGUACGUUGGAGGCGUUUUGUGGUAGAGAAAUGAACAUUCAAUUCUCUGGCAAUAGUUCUGGAGUCAGCGUGCCAAUUCCACGCUCCCUCAAAACUUGAGACAUUUGUGGCAUUGUGUUGUGUGACAACAUUGUAGUGGCCUUUUAUUGUCCCCAGUACAAGGUGCACCUGUGUAAUGAUCAUGCUGUUUAAUCAGCUUCUUGAUAUGCCACACCUGUCAGGUGGAUGGAUUAUCUUGGCAAAGGAGAAAUGCUCAUUAACAGGGAUGUAAACAAAUUUGGCCACAACAUUUGAGAAAUAAGCUUUUUGUGCAUAUGGAACAUUUCUGGGAUCUUUUAUUUCAGCUCAUGAAACAUGGGACCAUCACUUUACAUGUUGCGUUUCUAUUUUUGUUCAGUGUAUGUUUCUUGUCUUUAGAGUAGAAUUUGACUUCUUUUACUUAGAUUUUUCUUUUUGUGUAAGGCACCUUCCAUCUCCGUUUUGAUUGAUCAAUGUAAUCUGAAGUGAAAUGUCCUUUUUAUGAAGGGUUAUAUACCAACUCCAAGUUAAGUCUGUCUUCUCAUCCUGUUCUUUGUUCUCUCUCAUUAUAACAGACAACUCAUCAGAGUCUGUAGAUCGGAUGCUACUUGAGCGUUUCAGGAAGCUGGGCCGUUUCCCAGAGGCCUUCAGCUCCAUCCAGUACCGAGGCACGCGUACCUGUAGCCCCCCAACAGACUUUGGUGGUCUGCAGCGUACCCUGGAGCAGCUGCUGGACAACAACGCCACCCGCUCCCCUCGCUCCCCAGUCGUCAUCUUCAAAGCCUUGCAGGUAGUAUACAUGCGUAUAACUCAGUCAGUAGUCACCUGGCUCCAGAACAGUUUCAAACAGGCUCACAUUUACAUAAGGCAAACUGAAACAAGAACAGGAUGUUUUAGCAAGUUACAAACAUUGCUAUUCAAUAGUGACAGGUUUACUUUCACACUGUUUGAACAAUCUAGUCAGACUAUGUGUAUGUCAUUUCUGAUGUGUUGUUUCUCUCUGUCUAGGCCCUGAGUGAGCGCUUCAAUGGGGAGAUUUCUGAUGAGCUCAUAGCCCAAAAUUGCUUCUUCCCCGAUGAGUACUUCACCUGCUCCUGCCUCUGCCUCAGUUGCGGGUAAUUUAUUUAAUUUUCUCCAUCUCAUGCCACUGACUACAGCGAGGGUUUUAACAAGUCACAUUGUUGUUGCCAUUUUAGCUCUGGCUGCAAGAACAGCAUGAACCACCUUGGGGAGGGGGUGUGUCAUGAGGCCAAACACCGCUGCCGUUACUCACCCCAAUACGACAAUCGCAUCUACACCUGCAAGGUUAGUCCUGUGGAUAUCCACCUAAAUCUUGUACUACCUGAACCCAAUGUUGCCAUACGACAUUCUGAAGAUCUCUGACUCUGUAUCAGGUUGACCGCAAUGCCUCUGUUGUCCCGCUAGGCCUGUUACGAAGGGGGAAAGGAGGUGGUGGUUGUUCCCAAGACCUCUGCGUCCUCAGACUCUCCAUGGCUGGGCCUUGCCAGAUACGCCUGGUCAGGGUGAGUGACACUAGAGGUCAUGGGUUGGGGUUGGAUUUCUACCAGUGUCUCUAAUUUUAAGUCAUGGUGCUUUUUGAUCUAGAAUCACCAAUCCAUUCAUUGCUAACCCUUAGCCGUUUACUAGCUUAUCUGGUGCACUCCAGAUAUGUCUCCAGAUAUGUAGUUGUUUGUCUUGAGGUACAUUGCAUUCGUAAAGUAUUCAGACCCCUUCCAUUUCUACACAUUUUGUUACAUUACAGCCUUAUUCUAAAAUGGAUUAAAUUAAACAUUUUCCUCAUCAAUCUACACACAAUAUCCCAUAAUUACAAAGUGAAAAAACAAAACAGAAAUACCUUAUUUACACAAGUAUUCAGACCCUUUGCUAUGAGACUCGAAAUUGAGCUCAGGUGCAUCCUGUUUCCAUUGAUCUUCCUUGAGAUGUUUCUACAACUUGUUUGGAGUCCACCUGUGGUAAAUUCAAUUGAUUGGACAUGAUUUGGAAAGGCACACACCUGUCUAUAUAAGGUCCCACAGUUGACAGUGCAUGUCAGAGCAAAAACCAAGCCAUGAGGUCGAAGGAAUUGCCCGUAGAGCUCCGAGACAGGAUUGUGUCGAGGCACAGAUCUGGGGAAGGGUACCAAAAAAUGUCUGCAGCAUUGAAUGUCCCCAAGAACACUGUGGCCUCCAUCAUUCUUAAAUGGAAGAAGUUUGGAACCACCAAGACUCUUCCUAGAGCUGGCCGCACUGCCAAACUGAGCAAUCGGGGGGAGAAGGGCCUUGGUCAGGGAGGUGACCAAGAACCCAAUGGUCACUCUGACAGAGCUCCUCUAUGGAGAUGGGAUAAUCUUCCAGAAGGACAACCAUCACUGCAGCAGUCCACCAAUCAGGCCUUUAUGGUAGAGUGGCCAGACCGAAGCCACUCCUCAGUAAAAGGCACAUGACAGAUACAGGUCUGCCAAGCUUGUAGCAUCAUACCGAAGAAGACUUGAGGCUGUAAUCGUUGCCAAAGGUGCUUCAACAAAGUACUGAGUAAAGCGUCUGAAUACUUAUGAAAAAUGUUAUAUUUCAGUUUAUUUUUUAUAAAUUUGCACAAAAAAAUCAAAAAAUCUGUUUUUGCUUUGUCAUUAUGGGGUAUUGUGUGUAGAUUGAUGAGGGGAAAAAGAACUAUUUAAUCCAUUUUAGAAUAAGGCUGUAACAAAAUGUGGAAAAAGUCAAGGGGUCUGAAUACUUUCUGAAUGCACUGUACAGUAUAUGGUUAUAACUGCUCUGUAAGAUUGAACUUUUUUCUCUGCAGGUACGUGAUUGAAUGUCCAAACUGUGGGGUGAUCUAUCGGAGCCGGCAGUACUGGUAUGGGAACCAGGACCCAGUAGAAACGGUGGUCCGCACUGAAAUCCAGCAUAUAUGGCCUGGGGUAAGAGAACUACCACACCACAUACCUACUAAAAUAACUCUAAAGCAAACUGGUAUUAUUUCCCCAUUCUCAACAUAGUCUUAUAUGUAAACAAAAGAACAUGUUAACUUCUUGUAACUCAAUGUUCACUUUCCACAGGCAGAUGGAUUCCUGAAGGACAAUAGCAAUGCAGCGCAGCGUCUGCUGGAUGGUGUUAACUUCAUGGCCCAGUCUGUGUCAGAGCUCAGUGUGAAGCCUGCUAAGGCAGUCACCUCCUGGCUAACGGAUCAGAUCGCCCCGACCUACUGGAAACCCAACUCCCUCAUCCUGGUGAGUGACAGAGGACCAGCCACACAUAUCAUACGUGGAACAGCAGAGUCAACACUUUCUUGUCCGGGAACCUGUUUACUGCCCUUCACUGCUUUUUAGCUGGGGGCCAAUGUUACACAACCCAUGUUUGCGGGUCACAAGAUAAGGCUCAGAUCGACCCCUCGUCCUAGAGGCCCUGGUCAAUAACUGCCUCUUGUUUUUGUUUUCCCCCUGUAAUGUCCAGACAUGCCUUAAGUGCCAAGAGGUCUUCCAAGACAACGACACCAAGCAUCACUGCCGUGCCUGUGGGGAAGGGUUCUGUGACGCAUGCUCUUCCAAAGCCACGCCCGUCCCUGAGAAAGGCUGGGGUCUGGCCCCCGUGAGAGUCUGUGACACCUGUUAUGAGCAGAGGGCCACACAUACAGGUACCAACACUACAGAGCCAAAAUUAGCCUGUAUGUAUUUGUUUUUAGCCAUGCUGUACAGUGGUAACUUAGUAUACUUAGCCUGUAAAUCUGUUUAUAGCCAUACUUAGUCUGCAUACGUGUUUAUUUUAGCCAUACUGUACAGUGGUAACAUAGUUGUAUACUUUGUACAGAGCUGUUGCAUGCAGAGGUUGAAGAUGAGGAAGGUGGAAACCUAGCCAGGAAGGUUGGAGAAGCAGUUUCAAACACACUGGGCGCCGUGGUUACUGCUAUUGACAUCCCACUGGGUGAGUGUUAUGUAACACAAGAGCCAGAUAGAAUUGUGUAAUGGGCAACAUGACUGCAGUAAUUUAAACCAAUGGACAGGCUGCCAUCUGGUGGCAUAUGAAAAAUGUCACAAAUAAAAUUAUUUUUAGAUACUGCAGUAUUAGGAUACUUUUAUUGUUCAACAUGUUAUUGGGAGUGCAAUGCUAAACCAUUAUAUUCUAGCAGUCGUUUUUUACUGUGUGUCCGCUCUUUCUUCAGGUCUGGUGAAGGAUGCUGCGCGUCCCACCUACUGGGUGCCUGACCAGGAUAUCCUCUCCUGCCACAACUGCCAGUGCAACUUCACUGCCAAGCUGUCCAAGCACCACUGUCGCUCCUGCGGGCAAGGCGUGUGUGACGAGUGCUCGCUGGAGCGUCGGCCGGUCCCGUCGCGGGGCUGGGACCACCCCGUCCGUGUUUGUGCUAACUGCAACCAGAAACCUGGAGACCUUUAACGGGGCUGGCCCUCUUCGCUCACAACACUGGACUGAACCACACUCUUGACCCUCCACGCACCCACCCCUUAUAUACCUCCAUUAAAUGGUUCUGUCCUGUGUCUGUGGCAAGGAUGUUUUUAGUAAAUCUAGUUUUAGGGUUUCUGAUGCCUUGUAGAACAACAGGAACAUCUAUGUAAUUUGUCCUUAUUGAAAGAGUGAGACAGGAGGAUAUUUUGAGCUCCUCAUUCACCCAAAUCACAGCUUUUUUAAAAUGGUUUAAAAAUAUUUUUCUACCAUGGAAAAAAAAAGUACAUUUGUAGCAUGUUAACAAUGUUAUUUUAUUGAGAACCCUGUGGGGGGGUUUAGUUUUAAUCAAUACUCUCCACAAGGCAUUGUUUACUGAUGUCAUGUUGAGGGGAUAAUGGCGUCAGUGAAGUCACCGCUGCAGGUUAAUUGCAUGCUCUACUACACUAUUUUAGGUUUGCACUAAGUCUGUUGCAGCUUUACAAAGCUGCUGCUUAUCAUGGCCAGAAAAAAAAAAAAAAAAAAAAAGGUUUGACUUAGAUUUGAGUAUGCAUGAACACCCAUAUAUCCCAUUUUUCAACCAGUCGGUUUGUCAAGAGUUAGUUAACCUCAGAUGUAGGUUUAGAUUUAGGAUAUUUCAUCUGCAAAUAGCCUUUCAGGUUACUGUUUCUGUGUUGACGUUACCUUCAUAUUUACUUCAGAGGUUAUGGUAGUAUGAAGACAUGGAAUUAUGCUAGAAGAAUGUGAAUUCAGGAUUUUAGAAAGCUUGGGAGUCUGAACGAUACAUUGCCUUUGAGAUGUUCAGAGGGUCCUGUGAUCUCUGAAUAAGUCAAUACCUAACCUCAUUGUUAUAUUUUAACGUAUCUGACCAUUUCUGUUACUUGAGUGUAUACACAUGACGUGCAUUAUGCACCUAGAAUUUGAAUGGAGUGUCAGUUACUUCCAUUUGUUUGAAUCUUGUUUGAUCACCAUAAGCAUAGGCUGAUGGCACAAUGAACUCAGCAUUUGAGUUUCAGCACAUUUUGUUUUGUUUUCAGCCCUCUGCUUCUGUGGCAUUGUUUGUCAUCCAUGUGAAAGACUGCAGUGUCAAAUAGAUUGCAUGCUGAUUCUUUCAUAUUAUUUUGUGCUUUUUAAUAAUUGAGAGAUUAAAUGCUGUAUGUAGACAGUACAUCGUUAAGUUUGUUUAAUGUGGUUUUAUUUCUGAAUAACUGUUAUUGGUCUAUUUGAGUUCACUUGCUUUCUUGACUGGAAUCUGUUGUCCUUCAUUCAUUCAUUCAUUCGUACAACACUUGGCUAUGCACAGUCAGCUGGCAUUUUUACCUGAACCAUUUCACAUCUUUGAUGGUUAGAUGAAUAAGUGGCUGAAAUGUA